CUUUCCCAGAGACAAAGAUGGAGGUUGCUGGGGUGGGAGCUCUGUUCCUUCUCUGUGUGCUCCUCACUUUGUUCUUCUCAUCCUUCAAAAUGUAUAAGAAGAAAGGCCAGCUGCCUCCAGGACCUGCUCCCUGGUUCCUUCUGGGAAAUCUCCUGCAGAAAGAUGUCCUGCCUCUGUACCAAUCUUAUCCCAAGCUCAUGGAGAAGUAUGGAUCUGUCUUCACUCUCUGGAUGGGACCAAAGCCUCUGGUCGUGCUCUGUGGAUACGAAGUGGUGAAAGAUGCUUUGGUGGGUCAUGCUGAGGAGUUUGGUGGGCGUUUUGCCAUCCCUAUCCAUGAUAGAAUAUCCAAGGGUCAAGGGCUGCUGAAAGGCGGAAAUGAGAAAAAAUGGAGGGAGCUGCGCCGUUUCACAAUUUCCACUCUACGGGACUUUGGCAUGGGGAAGAAAACAAUGUCCGCGAGAGUGCAAGAGGAAGCUCUUUACCUGGUGGAGGAAAUGGCCACCGCACAAGGGAAGCCCUUUGAUCCAAGAAGAUGCCUCACAAGUGCUGUUUCUAAUGUGAUCUCCUCUGUUCUCUAUGGGAGUCGAUUUGACUACAAAGAUGGAAAUUUAAUAGAGCAACUACAGUUUAUAGAUGAGCGCUUUCUCUUCAUGCGUAGCUACUUAGGGACGGUAUACAGCACUAUCCCCACAAUAAUGGAUUGCUUGCCUGGACAACAUAGGAAAAUCUUGGCUAAUUCGGAAAAGCUGUGUGGCUUCAUUCGUGAGAAGUUAAGAUCCCACAGAGAGACGCUGGAUCCUCAGAACCCCCGUGACUAUAUUGACUGCUUCCUAAUGAGAGCAGAAAAGGAACAAAACUCUCCUAAGGACUUCUACGGCUCCGAAGACCUUGUCAUGUGUGUGAAUGACCUUUUUGUUGCAGGGACAAUAUCCACAAGCAAUACUUUGCUCUACAGCCUCUUGGUAAUGGCUAAAUUGCCACACGUUCAAGCAAAAGUUCAACAGGAGAUUGAUGACGUGUUAAGUGGUAACCAUACCCCUGGCAUGGAGGACCGGGUGAGAAUGCCCUUCACCAAUGCUGUCGUCCAUGAGACUCAACGAUACCAAAGAAUGACCCUUGAGGCUCUUCCACUUGCAAUGACUCAUCAUACAGAAUUCAGGGGCUACACCAUCCCUAAGGGUACUGCUGUCACUCCAUUGCUCACAUCGGUGCAUUUUGACCCAACCCAGUGGGAGACUCCCGAAAAGUUUAACCCAGGCCAUUUCUUGGAUGAGAAGGGCCAGUUCAGGAAGAGAGAUGCCUUCAUGCCCUUUUCAGCAGGAAAGCAUGCGUGCCCAGGGGAAGCACUGGCCCGGAUGGAACUCUUCCUGUUCUUCAGCACUUUGCUCCAGAACUUCACUUUCAAGCUAGAUGAAGAUGCCAAAACUAUGGAUAUAAUGUCUUUGUUCAUUGCCUACAGAAUCAAGAAUCAGUACCCCCCAAUACAAGCCAUUAGACGUUCAGUGUGAUCUUGUGACUGAAAUGCCUAAUAGGUAGAACAGAAAUACUGAGAGAUUCCUUACUCACUGAUUCAAGACCUCUCAGCUUCACAGAGGGAGAACCCCCAAGAUAUGAAUACUUAUGUGUUAUAUGUAAUCGUAUGAUAGCAAACAAAAUGAGCUUUGAGCCAUUUCCUAACUUCCAUUCAUUUGUUCACUUGCUCUAAUUAAAAUGCACCUCAUA